GACACGGAAACUUUCCUCAUCCUUGGCAGCCCCGCAAUUCUCACGCGCAAAUGGUGUGUGGGUGAGAUGGUGACAGCACAUCGGAACAACGUGAAGACUCUGCUCCUUUCUUGGCCAGCAUUCCUGAAACCAGAUGAGAAGUUCAUUGAGCACUUCCCAACCCUUGUCCCAGAUUAUGGAGAGCUCGCCAACCAUGGCAUUGGCCUGUCAGAUGUGGCGAAAACUUUCAGAUGGCUGCACACGGUCGCCAGUCACAAUUUGCCAGAGAAAUUCACGCCGAGCUCGGCAUUUCCUCUGGUGAGUAUGUUGUGUGGCCAGUCAUUGUCAGCUUGCAGAAUGACAACUUUUUAUUCCACAGAUUGCCCAGUGUUAGCAAACCCUGGAGACACAGAGGCAAUGGCCACGGCCAUGGUGCUGUCUUCAAUGUUGAACCCCAAACUGAUUGGUACCCGUUUGCCACUUACCUCCGUCUUGGAGGAAGGCAACGACGUGCUCGACGGAGCCCAGGUGGCGUUGAUGAUUUGCAGUUCCAACUGCUGGAAGUCAGCCCAAGUGGAGCGCUGGUUGUUGCAGACCAGCCAGCUCCCUUCCUGCGGAGUGAUUCCAGUGAUCGCUGAAGACAACUUCUUGGUACCAUCACCAAGCAUGUACGAAGAGCUGCGUCCAACCUCUUUGCUUGAUCAGCAAGAAUUCCAGCGCUACUGUAUGGUCAUCAAGGCUCUUUUCCAAGAGAUUGCAGUAGUCUUUGUGCCGCAGAACUAUUCCUCCACCCAUGAAGAUUUGCCGCUUCGAGCCAAUCAAGCAGCUGGGAGGCUUCAGGCCACCCUGACACCCCUGGCUGAGAAAGUGAGAGCCAUUGAGGAUAGGGAUGGCUACAAACGCAUCGCAGAAAUUGACAAAGGAGUCACUCUUAAGGAGGACGACUGGAAGGAGAACCCUGUUUUCGGAGAAACUUUGUUGUCCGCAACGCUGUAG